AUGAAGACGAUUGAAUGCGAAAAUAAUGAUUAUUUUUCAAUCAAUCAAACAAUUGAUUGCAAUUCAUGUAAAAUCAGUGAUAAAAUGCUAAACAAUUGUCAUAUCAUUACUAAAUCUGAUGAUUAUUUUCACUGUUUUUGGCCUAAAUGUCAAUUCACGACAAAUAUAAAAAGGGAUUUACAUCGACAUCAAUCAAUUCAUUCAGAAAUUAAACAAUUUAAAUGCAAUUUUAAUAAUUGUAAAAAAAGUUAUAAUUAUGCCGGGGAUCUUAAGGGACACAUGAACAACGUUCAUUUAAAUGUGAGAUUUAUUUGUGAUUUCAAUGAAUGCCACAAAUGUUUUACAACAAAACAACAGUUAUAUCGACACAAAAGUUGUGUUCAUUUGAAUGAAAGGAAAUUCAAAUGCAAUGAAGAAAAUUGUGGCAAAAAAUUCACAACAAAACAGAAUUUAAUUUCACACAAAAAUAUACAUUUGGGGGGAAAAGCAUUUGUUUGUCAUUUCAAUGAUUGUAACAAAAGUUUUUCACAAAAAUGUGCUCUAAAUCGACACAAAAGUUGUGUUCAUUUGAAUGAAAGGAAAUUCAAAUGUAAUGAAGAAAAUUGUGGCAAAAGUUUUGCUCGUAAUGAAAAUCUUACUGAACACAAAUUGAGACAUUCGGGAGACAAACAAUUUAUUUGUGAUUUUAAUGGUUGUUUGAGAGCUUUCAUAAGAAAAUCUGAUUUAAAUGAUCACAAGAGCACUCAUUUGACUGUCAAACCAUUUAAAUGUCAUUAUAAUGAUUGUGAUGGAAGUUAUAUCAGCCUUAGAUAUCUUCGAAAACAUAUUAGAUGUCGACAUAAAAUAUAA